AAAUCGCGGUCGCAUCGCACACCACACCAGACGGCGCCUGCUCUGCCCGGCCUUGACCCGACCCGACCCGACCUUUCCCCGAGGGCGAGCGCGAUGCGCGAGGAGGUGCGGAGCUCGUCGGCGGCGCCCCCCGACCCGCCGCCCGCGAGGUCGGCCUCGCCGCCACCCACCCCGGUCGCCAGUUCUGCUGGUGCUUCAUCACCUCCUGGACAAACUAAUGUAGCUAGCAUAGAUUGGUUGGGUGGCGAUCAAGUGUCCAAAGUUGGAUCAUCUCAUGUUGUUCCACAUGCUUCUCAGCCUUGUCUUAGUACUAAUGCUGCUGGAACUGCUGCGGAUUUCUGUCAACCAUCAUGUAGACCGUGGGAACGAGGCGACUUGCUUCGUCGACUUGCCACAUUUAAGCCUUCAACAUGGGCUUCUAAACCAAAGGCUGCUAGUUCGCUUGCUUGUGCUCAAAGAGGCUGGGUGAACAUUGACAUGGACAAAAUUGAGUGUGAGUCGUGUGGUGCACAUCUUAUAUUUACGGCAUUGACAUCCUGGUCCCCUGCUGAAGUUGCAAAUGCGGGGGAAGCCUUUGCUGAGCAGCUUGAUGCAGCACACCAGGAUGAUUGCCCCUGGAGAGGGAAUAGUUGUGCUGCUAGCCUAGUCCAGUUCCACCUUACUCCAUCAGCUCUUGUUGGUGGUUUUAAAGAUCGCUGUGAUGGAUUGUUGCAGUUUAUAUCUCUUCCCGUUAUUGCCUCAUAUGCAAUCGAGAGUAUGAAGCUCACUAGAAGUGUGGAAAUUGAUCGCAUCUUAUCCCAGUCAGUUACUAUUUUGUCUGGGGAGCUGGGCUACAAGACAGACAGUACAACAGGAAUUGAUAUCAAUCAUCAAGAUGAGACCUGUGGCUACUCUCAAGCGCAGAAGCUUAUUAGCCUUUGUGGAUGGGAGCCUAGAUGGCUUCCAAAUGUUCAAGACUGGGAGGAAAAUUCAACACGCUCUGCCAGAAAUGCAUGCUCAGCUGAACCAAACGAUCAGUUUCAUUCCCAAUUUUCUGAGCAUCAUCAAAAUUCGUGCUCUGCAUCAGUUAAGAAAGAGAAGGGAAAAGGAAAAAUGCGUGUCAAAGAUACUGGAUGCAGCAUGAGAUCACCUUUGCUGGAUUGCAGCUUAUGUGGAGCUACAGCGAGAAUCUGGGAUUUCAGAUCUGUGCCACGCCCUUCUCAUUUUAGUCUCAAUAACAUUGAUGUGCCUGACACAGGAAGGAAUCCUGUGUUGACACGUGGAAUUAGUGCUACAAGUGGGAUCAUUGGAGGGCUUGCUGAAGGAGUAGAGCGAGAUAGUGUUGAAGGACGUGAUGAGGCAGGUACCGAUGAGGAAAAGUCUCUUUCAAAUGCUCAGGUUGACCUAAGUCUGACAAUGGCAGGAGGGUUACCAUCAAAACAUUCUGCAAUGCCUCCAAUGCCUGAACAUCUCAAGUAUGGAGGGAUGGGAAGAGAUCUGAUGAUUGGGCAACCUACAGGAAUUGAGCAUGGUGGCCAUGCAGCCUCAUUUGAGUCUCGAGGUCCCAGUUCGACGAAGCGUAACCUGGAGGAAGGUGGGAGCACAACUGAUAAGGCAGUAAACAUUCUUCAGCCUGCUGACAGCAUAGAAGGAACCGUCAUUGAUCGUGAUGGUGAUGAAGUCGAUGCUGUGGCACAAGAUUCUGGUACUCGGAACAAAAGGCAUCGUGGUUUCAAUCUUUUUGAUGUCAAUCGCCCAUCUUCUUCUGGAGCUGGUCCCGGCAGAAAUUUAAGUUUUGAUCUGGAUAUAGAUGUCAAUAGGUUUGAUACAUCUAAAGCUGAAGGUCCAUCUGCCCUUCAGAAUCCAUCUGUAAGGGACUCUAUGAGGGCAUCUUCUGUUAUUGCGAUGGAUACUGUUCACAGUGUGGAGGAAAAUUCAAUGGAGAGCGUGGAAUACCAUCCAUGUGAUGGUGAUGAUGUUAAUAAGCCUUCUAGUGCACUCGGGAGUGGUGGAAUGAACGACACAUUGGAUCUCAAUUAUAGCAACCAAGCAUUGCAAAGCAGUUUUGUACAGCCUGCUGCUGAAAGUAAUGCAAUAGAGAUAGGAGGGAGUAGUCUGAAUGGAGGGGAAGAAGUCCUCAAUGCAGAAACGAUUCCUGCUUUUGCUAGAGACCAGCUUAGCCUGGGAGUUAGUGGUGGGAGCGUUGGGAUGGGUGCUAGUCAUGAAGCUGAAAUUCAUGGCAUUGAUGUUUCUGAGCAUAAAACUAGCAGUGUUGUUGGAGAUGCAGAUCCAAUUCCUGAGCUCAUCGAGACUAUGGGUCACACUGAUGAGUCUGCCCCUGGACCUGGGUCGAUGGAUGAAUUUGCCCCUGAAGAAGUUGGUCGAGAAGAUCCUAAUGGUGAUAGCCAAGAUAUGGCGUCUCGGUUAGCAGUUCGAGCUGACAGUGGUUCAACUAGAGCUGAUUCUGUCAAGAGUGGAGAGAAGAUGAGCCAUGCCCUAGGUCAAGAAAAUAGUGCACAUCCUUCCCUUUCUUGUAAUGCAAGAGUUUAUUCUGGCAUUGAUGCGUCUAAAGAGGAGGUUACUGGUAUAAUGCUCACCGAUGAUGACUAUGAUCCAGGAAAUGGUCUAGGAGCAACAAACAGAGAAAAUGACUAUGAAACAGAUCUUCCAGAAUUUGAUCCAAUAAAGCAUCACAACGAUUAUUGUCCAUGGGUAAAUGGAAAUGUUGCUGCCGCAUGCUGUAUUAACACUAGUUCCAGCACUAGCAGUACAGCGUUUUCUGGCUGGCAGCUCACAGUAGAUGCUAUCGAGACCUUACAGUCUCUUGGUCAAGCUCAAAAUCAAACAAUGCAGUCGGAUUCCGCCGCUUCAUUGUAUAAGGAUGAUCACGUAGGUAAGCUGCUAAAAAGGGCAAACCACAGCAAGUGCUGAUGGAUCUGGUUAUAUAAGGUUGUCAGAUUGAUUGUAUUAUCUAUUGUUCCAAAGGAUGAUUUCAGCUCCAGGAAUCUUCUUGUCUUCCUCCUCUCAUACACAAUCUCUCUCUCCCCAUGUGUUGGAUGAAUCGCCCGUUCCCCCUGAUUCUGAAUUCUGAAAGAUUGUAUUAUCUAUUGUUAAGCAUAAUCUAGAUUAACUGCACCUUCUUGGAAUUAUAUGCGCAUUUUCAGAUGCAUGAACA